AUGGGUUAGAAACCCUUUUCAAAAGCGGCAUUUCUAUCUUCGCAGCGUCUUCUUCUAUAUGCGUUUUGCGUCCGCCUCUUUCGGUCGCCGUCGCCAGCCUCGCUUCGCCUAGGAAUCUCUGCAGAAGCAGCCUGUGCCCCACCUCGUCUCAGUGCGCCGCUUCACGCUCCAGCAUUUCCCGUCGUCAGGCCUCCUUCGACCUCGGCGCAGAACCAGCAUCAACGCCGCCCCCCAGCCAAACAGCCGGGCCAACAGCAGGCUUCUCUAUUUCGUGAGAGGAGGAGGCAAGAGAGAAGAUAUAUAGGGUUUUGGAUAACAUCUGCAGACUUUGAGAGAAGGAAGAGAAGAGAAAGGCCUGCAGCAGCACCCGCUGCAAAUUUCCUCUAUUUCGCGAGUGAGAGAGAUAGAGGGAAAAGUCAUGGGUAAGAGAGCCAAGAGUUCAAGGAAGGGAAAGAAAGAAUGGAGGGCUAACAUAAGCACUGAAGAUAUAGAAGAUUAUUUUGAGAAAUCCACAAAAGACGCUCUUUCCGGUGGUUCUUUGGCUGAUGUGCCCAGUGAUUCUCUUUUCUUCGUUGAUAAAUCCAGAGAUCUUUCUAUUAAGCGGAAGAUUGAGAAAAACAGAGAGAAAGUAUUGCGAUGUGAUAGUCUGUUGCAGAGAAACCCUUUUAUUAAAGCUAUUCCGUCCUCUAUACAGAAUAAGAAAAAGUCCAAGAGAAAGGGUAAAGCUUUACCAACAGCAGCAGAUGAAAAUGUUGCACAGGGCAGCCUGAAGGAUGAAAGUGCACAUGAUUCUGGAGUUCUUGACUUGUGGGAAGAGAAAGGAGAAGUCAAGGCCAAAAUAAAAAAGAAGCCCAAGUCUUGCGUUAUUCCUGCUGUUGAGGUUGAACAUCCUGGAUGUUCAUUCAAUCCUCACCCUGAGAGCCAUCAGGACGCUUUAGCUCGUGCUGUUGCAGAUGAAAUGCAGAAAAUUUACCAACAUGAGUUGGGGCCUCAGCCCAUCCCUUUAGUUGUCCCUGGUGAAGCUAUUGAUGAAGAAUAUAAAUAUUUUCUCGAGGCAGAUGCGGAUGAUGGAACUGAUGAGGAUGAUGAUGAACAAAGUGAAAAUCAAGCUGAUGAUGCAGAUGUGGAUGCAGAAAAAAGCUCUCAGAAAACCAAAAGGGUAACUCGGGUAGAGUUUAACCGGAGAGCUAGACGAAAGGAACAGUUGAGAAUUGAAGCAGAAGCCAAAAAAGUGAAGGGACUUUCAAAAGACAUAGACAGUUUACCGGAAAUAAUGCAAGAAAUUGCGAAAGAGGAUGAAGAGAAACAUAAGAGACAUCUUCGGCGGAUUGUUGCUAAACAAGAAAGAUUGAAAGCUCGUCCAUCUCGCUUGGGAAAGUACAAAUUUGAGCCUUCUCCACUCCAAGUUUUGUUAACUGAAGAGAAAACUGGUUCACUUCGGCAGUUGAAGGGCUGUUGUACGUUAGUCAGAGAUCGUUUCAAAAGCCUGCAGAAAAGAGGACUGAUUAUCCCAACAAAGAAGGAUAGCAGGAGGUAGAACGGUUUCUACGUGAAGAUGUAGAGUCGAGAGGGCGAUAAGAAAGUGAAGCUUCUUCAUCAUUUUGCAGAUGAACGUUUGAGUAGCAGGAAAAAUCAACAGCUGCUUUAGAACAAAAUAGAAAUAUACCCUUUCGUCACACUAAAGAUAUUCCUUUUAUUUGUUUUAAUGUUUGCGAGACAAUGUAGAACAUGCACGUUUACGGUUUCUUAGCUCUUUGCUACUUGAAACUUAUCCAAACUCGUUUAUGUAUGCUUUACUUAUUGAAAAUGUGAUGAUUGGAAAA